CGGUAAAGCCACUCGCUUUCUUCCCCACCACGUCUCCUCCUCUUCUCCUCCCCUAAAAUCCCCAAUUCCGACCAAACCCUAGCCCCCCCCAAAUCGCCUCACUCCACCACCCCACGCUUCCUUCGCCGCUAAGUAUAUCCCUCCCGGCGACCGCGAAUCGGAUCUUGAGAGUGAGAGAGAGGUUGGGGGAGGUGGAUGAGAGGGCGGAGAUGACGGUGAUGGAGCUCAAGAAGCUGCCGCUCGGGUUCAGGUUCCACCCCACCGACGAGGAGCUCGUCAGGCACUACCUCAAGGGGAAGAUCACGGGGCAGAUCAGGAGCGAGGCCGAUGUCAUCCCCGAGAUCGAUGUCUGCAAGUGCGAGCCGUGGGAUCUCCCUGAUAAGUCUCUGAUCCGCUCCGAUGAUCCGGAGUGGUUCUUCUUCGCGCCGAAGGAUAGGAAGUAUCCCAAUGGGAGCAGGUCGAACAGGGCGACGGAGGCCGGGUACUGGAAGGCCACCGGGAAGGACAGGGUGAUCAGGUCCAAGGGUGACAAGAAGAAGCAGCAAGUAAUUGGCAUGAAGAAGACGCUCGUGUUCCACCGGGGGCGUGCGCCGAAGGGUGAGCGGACUGGGUGGAUCAUGCAUGAGUACCGCACCACCGAGCCGGAGUUUGAGUCCGGUGAGCAGGGAGGUUACGUUCUCUACCGGCUGUUCCGAAAGCAAGAGGAGAAAAUUGAGCGACCCAGUCCGGAUGAAGUGGAUAGAAGUGGAUACUCACCCACUCCUUCUCGUUCAACUCCUGAUAACAUGGAACCAAUUGAAGACGGAAAUACACCAUUAAACAGGGAAUCUCCAGAAUCUGCUCUGCAUGAAAGCCCAAUUGAUUUGCCUGCUCUAACUGAGGCUCAAGCUGCGCCAAUUACAAGGUGGCUUGCAGACAGAACUGAUAACGCGACAACAAAUGAAGUAAACAUCUCUCACAUGCCUCAUCAUGGGCUUGAUGGAGGAGCUAAGCAGGCUAGCCCUUCAGCUGGUGCUUUCCCUCAGCUGAUUGGUUCACAACAGAAUAUCCAUGAUAAUAAUGAAUUAGCCACAGUUUCUGCACCCAUGCUACCACAUGAAGACUUCAAUAAUUUCCCUCUAGGAGCCAUUGGUAAUUUUGAUGGCAAUAUGAAUCCUCGAGAUCCAGUGGAGGAGUUCUUGAAUCAAACCAUUGCUGAUCCAGAUGAGCAUUCAUCAACAACAUCAAAGGCUCAGUAUGAUUCGGACACUGGAAUCAUACCAACUGAGUUUGAGAACCAUGGGGUGAUGCAGGGUGAAUUCAUGGAUGAUCUGAGUGGGUUGGAAAAUUUAGAUUUCUGGCCAGAUGACCGAAAUCCCCAGUUGAGUGCACUGUAUGAGGACACACCAUUGCUGCCUUAUGAUAGCACCGACCAGGAUGUGCUCUCCAUGGACUCUGGUGCUGAAUCCUUGCAAGAUCUAUUCAACAGCAUGGACGAUUCAAACGCGAGGAAUAAUGUAUGGGGCAACGAACCAUUCCUCCAGGGGACUGGAUUUCCCAUGUCUUGGCCGUUACAGCCGAACUCCGCAUUUCCAAACCAGGGCACUGCAAAUAGGAGGCUCAUGCUACAGCUAUCAGAAUCAUUAUCUCCUGAUUUUGAUGUGAGCAUGACUAGAGAUGAGUGUGAAGAUGAGGAACCAGGUAUUGUUGUAACUUCGAAGUAUGUGAAUGAAGCUCCUGAGGAGUCAACUGCAGAAAAGGAUAUGCCUUCUGAUGGAGAUGAUGCUGAGCCAACGGGUAUUACUAUCCUGAGGCGACGCCAUGCUCCAACUGCAAGUUCGUUUUCUGAUGGAGAUGAUGCUGAGUCAACGGGUAUUACCAUCCUAAGACAGCACCAAGCUCCAAAUGCAAGCUUGCUUUCUGAUGGAGAUGAUGCUGAGUCAACGGGUAUCACUAUCCUAAGACGACGCCAAGCUCCAACUGCUAGCUCAGCUAGUUCAUUUACUCAACAGGGUGCUGCAGUGCAAAGGGUGCGGCUACAAUCAAACCUUGAUGCAGCACCGUGUUCUAGCGUUGAUGGUUCAUCAAGUUGCAUCAUAAAUGAAGGUGAAAGUGAACGCACCAUGGAGAAACCUGAGAUUGAAGAGAAUGCAGGAAGUACCUUGGCUGAAGGUGGGACUUGCCAUGAGGAUGACCAGAAGGAGCAUGAUGCUUCAGCAGCAAAUGCUAAAUCUGUUCUGAGGCUGCGGAAGACAGCAGAGGGAAGCGACAAGGAGAACAAGCAGGAGGAAGAGGAGGGUGUUCUUGCUUCACAUGUGAGAGCACCAGGGAAUAAGAGGGGAUUCCCAUCGUACAUCAUUUGGCUGGUUCUCUCUGUGGCUCUGGUCCUGCUUAUCUCCCUUGGGAUUUAUGGAUGGGUGUAAACAGCUGCUCCCCUGAUGGUCUUCAAGAUGACCAUGCUUACUGGCACAGGCUCCCAACAUUGACCUGCUGUGCUGAGUGACCUGUUGUACAUAUUGCGUCUUACGCCCUUGUGUUUAGACGGCGGUUGCUAGACACCCUGGAGUGUUUGUUCCCCUUCCAGCGUGCUGCGGCAGAAGAAAAAUCCAAAAACAAAAAAAAAAGAGGGGCGAAAACGAAGAAAAAAGAAGAGGUAGUGAAUGAGGAAAGUUGUUGUAGAUGUUCUGUGACUUAGGUGCAUGGUAGUAUUCCUUCCUGCUGUUAUUGCAGAUGUUAGUAGCCACAUACCCUAGUUGUUCAGCAGUUGUAAGUCAGGUUAGGGAUAUGGUUACUUUUGUCUAUGUAAUGUUCUGUAGCAUUAUCUGAACCUGCUUUAUCGGAUGCAAUUUCGUUUUCCUUUCAGUAAAUCUCUGUGCUGCAAACUGUAGUUCCUGUGUAAGUUUUGAUGUGUGAAAUGUUAAUACUUCUAGUACUAAUAUACUAUUGAUGAUGAAA